AGAAUGUUAGAGUCUUAAACAAGUCAAAAUAACACCUGGCAUUUUGCCAGGGGAAUGUUAAAGUUCCUAAACAAGUCUGGAUGGUGCCUGGCAAAAUGCCAGAGGGAGUGGUUUGAGAAGUAACAAAAGCGAGCCAUUAAGUGUGGAGAUUCCUGAUUGGUUGACUGCUGUAUCUAGUUUAUGCUAAUUAGAUAAGCUGUGUGAAAUGUAUAAAUACUGCUCCUGUCCUGCAAUAAACAGCUUCCACUCCUGCUGUAUCAACGUACACAAGUUGUUCGUCACCCCCUGGUUAUUCUGCUGCAGCCGGACUGCGGCAGAAGAAGAAGAAGAAGAGGAGGAGGAGGAGGAGGAGGAGGAGAAGAAAGAGAAACAAGGAGAAUUUUUGGCAACCUCUCACACAGUCUUAAGCUAAACAAAUUAACUAAAUCUAAAAUUUUAAAAAUAACUUUCAAAGUCAAUUAUCUCACAAGAAGUAUAAUAGUCUUUAUAUGCAUGUGUACUAAACAUAAUUGAACCAUUUAAGUCACAACUUCAAGUAAAAUUAUAAGAUUUUUCUGAAUGUAACUGAUUUCAUAAGACAUUAAAAAGCAUUAUUUACAUUUUGAAGUGGGUAUAUACCUUACAUUUUUUAAAAAUGGGAUAAUGUGUUGCAACUAUAUAUUAGCCAAACAUCGUAUAAUAUGCUAUAGUAUUUUCAUUCCACUUUAUCUCACCCCCAUUAAGAAAUCUAUAAAUAGAGAUUGAUUAAAGAUAUAAGCGGAGCAGAAAUAGAGCACUUGUCUAGUAUGUAAAUCCUGUGUUCGAGUCCAUGGGCGGGGUGGGGGGCAGCGGGAAAUGAUACCAACAGAAAAACCAAAGAAUAAAAGAAUCAAUAUAUCCAACAGAGAUACAGUAGCGUUUGCUAAUAUGUACACUAGUGGGUGCAGUAACUUCUUAGGACUCUGAGCGCCGCUGUUCACCUAUUUGGAGAGAAUCACAGCAAGCACUCAGUCGGUAUUCUCACAUCGCCAACUGCACAAAGCCCCACAAUUCCUACAAACUGGCUCCUGGGCUGCAACAGAAACUCACUCCGGAAUUUAAGGUGCGCAGGCUACAGAGAAUCCCUGCCGUCACAGAAAGAACAAGGAACCAGUUGAAAUAUACAGAGGGUCCCGGGAGGACUUCAGGAGAAUUUCGUAACCAGAGAACAAUGGCUGCUGUGAGGAAGCUCUCCGACCACACCAAGCUGGUCCUCCUCUGCCUUUACCUGCAGAUGCCCUGGGAGUCCGGAGCCCGGCAGAUCCGCUAUUCCGUUCCUGAGGAAUUAGAGAAAGGCUCUUUCGUGGGUAACAUCUCCAAGGACCUGGGACUGGAGCCCCGGGAGCUAGCGGAGCGCGGAGUCCGCAUCGUCUCCAGAGGUAGGACGCAGCUUUUCUCUUUGAACCCGCGAAGCGGCAGCUUGGUCACCGCAGGCAGGAUAGACCGGGAGGAACUGUGUGCUCAGAGCGCACGGUGUUUGGUGAAUUUUAACAUCCUUUUGGAAGAUAGGGUGAAACUUUUCGGGAUAGAAAUAGAAGUAACGGAUAUCAAUGAUAAUGCCCCAAAAUUCCAAGCAGAAAAUCUGGACGUAAAGAUUAAUGAAAACGUCGCUCCAGGAAUGUGUUUUCCUCUCCCGGAAGCUAUUGAUCCGGAUGUGGGCGUGAACUCACUGCAGAGCUACCAGCUCAGCCCCAAUAAGCAUUUCUCACUAGGAGUUCAGAGUCGUGCCAAUGGCGUCAAGUACCCAGAGCUGGUGCUGGAGCACGCCCUAGAUCGAGAAGAAGAGGCCAUUCACCAUAUGGUUCUCACUGCUUCUGACGGAGGUAACCCUCUCAGAUCAGGCACUGUCCUCGUCACUGUGACUGUAUUUGAUGCAAAUGACAACGCACCGGUAUUCACUUUGCCAGAGUAUCGAUUAAAUGUUCCAGAGAAUUUGCCUGUAGGCACUCAGUUGCUAACGGUCACCGCCACUGACAAGGAUGAAGGAGCCAAUGGAGAAGUAACCUAUUCCUUUCGAAAAUUACCUGACAUACAAUUGUCGAAAUUCCAACUAAACAAAAAUACUGGGGAAAUUAAAAUAUCUGAAAUUUUAGAUUAUGAAGAAACAAGCUUCUAUGAAAUAGAAGUACAGGCAGAAGAUGGAGGAGCAUAUAUUGCAACUGCAAAAGUGUUGAUUACCAUAGAAGAUAUAAAUGACAACAGUCCAGAGGUGACCAUCACAUCUCUGUUUAGUCCAGUGACUGAAGAUUCACCUCUAGGAACUGUCAUAGCCCUUUUAAACGUGCAUGAUUUAGAUUCUGGGCAGAAUGGAGAGGUAACCUGUUCCAUCUCAAGUAAUCUACCAUUUAAGUUAGAAAAGUCUAUUGACAGUUAUUACAGCUUGGUGACACACAGAGCCCUUGACAGGGAACAGGUAUCCUUUUACAACAUCACAGUAACAGCCACAGAUGGUGGGAGUCCACCUCUGUCAACUGAAACUCACUUUACCCUGCAAGUGGCAGAUAUCAACGACAACCCACCAACCUUCUCUCACAUUUCCUACUUUACCUAUAUCCCAGAGAACAACCCUAUGGGUGCCUCCAUCUUUUCAGUGACAGCCCUUGAUCCAGACAGCAAAGAGAAUGCCCAGGUCAUUUACUCUCUGACUGAAGACACCAUCCAAGGGGCACCACUAUCCUCCUUUGUAUCUAUUAAUUCAGACACUGGCAUCCUGUAUGCACUACGAUCCUUUGACUAUGAGCAAUUUCGUGAGCUGAAGAUGCAAGUGAUUGCCAGUGACAGUGGGAACCCACCACUCAGCAGCAAUGUGUCUCUGAGCCUAUUCGUGCUGGACAUGAAUGACAAUACUCCUGAGAUCCUGUACCCUACCCUUCCCACUGAUGGCUCCACUGGGGUAGAGCUGGCACCCCGCUCUGCAGAGCCUGGAUACCUAGUGACCAAAGUGGUGGCAGUGGACAGAGACUCAGGACAGAAUGCCUGGCUGUCCUACCGCCUGCUCAAGGCCAGUGAGCCAGGGCUUUUUGUGGUGGGGCUGCAUACUGGUGAGGUGCGCACAGCAAGGGCCCUGCUAGACAGAGAUGCUCUCAAGCAGAGCCUUGUGGUGGUUGUGCAGGACCAUGGCCAGCCACCACUCUCAUCCACCAUCACCCUCACUGUGGCUGUAGCUGACAGCAUUCCAGAUGUUUUGGCUGACUUAAGCAGCCUUGAACCCCCACAUGACCAUGAUGCUUCAGGCCUUACUCUCUACCUGGUGGUGGCCUUAGCUGCUGUCUCCUGUCUUUUUCUCACCUUCAUCAUCCUGCUGCUGGCACUCAGACUUUGGCGUUGGCACAAGUCUCACCUGCUCCAGACGGCAGGUGGAGGGUUAGCAGGUGUGCAUACCUCUCACUUUGUGGAUGUGGAUGGGGUGCGCACUUUCCUGCAGACCUAUUCCCAUGAGGUCUCCCUGACUGCAGACUCACGGAAGAGCCACAUUAUCUUUCCCCAGCCCAACUAUGCAGACACGCUUAUCAGCCAGGAGAGCUGUGAGAAAAAGGAUCCUUUGUCUUUGUUAGAUGAUUCAAAGUUUCCUAUAGAAGAUACUCCUUUGGUUCCAGUGAGUUCUAUUUUUACUUUUGCUUUCCUUUAAGCAAUUAUGAUUGGUUUUACCUUUAGGUUUUCAGUACAGUGAUGUAAAAUUUAAAUCUUUAUUUUAAUUACUUUUCUCUCAGAUUCAGUGACACUGGUCUCUUGCUAAAACAUUAAAAGUAGAAUUUGAUGAGUAAGACUCAUCAGCAAAGACUCAAAGUGUCAUAAGUUUGUUAUGAUUAGCUUUGCAGGAACUUAAAUUUUAUAGUGUUGUUGAGUAUAAUACUGAAAAUUUCUAAGACAGACUUCUAUACAAAAUGCUUUUCAAUUUGUGUGUUUUCCUCAGUGGACAGAAGCUGAAAACCUGGCUCUUUAGACAACUCAAGCUCUUGAUUUGUAUGCAGGUCUGGUAAAAAUAGGUAAAUGUCAGAAACAAAUGCAUUACCCUAACUGGAAACACAAGCCAAGCCCAAGGUUAUUCAGCAUUGUUCUUCUCAGGGAGAAGGACAAUGUGCCUUUGCAAUUAUGUUUUCCAAACUAUACUUGUAGUAACAGUUAUAGUUGAAUACAGUCCUUAAAGAUUUAAAGUUUUCUUAAUAUUCAGUUAAAAUUCAUAACAAUGUGUGUUUAGGUUUUUCCAACUAAAAUCAAACCUGUUAAGACUUUGGCAUCUUUUUGCAUUUGAUUCUCUAAUUUCAUGUUGCUGUGUGGAAGAUAUACCUCUUAAUUUGACUCUCCUUACUCAAGAGGGAUUCUAAAGAGUCUAUAGUGGGUUAAAUAGAGAAGAGUUGUGGUUCUAUUCUCUUUUCUUUUUAAAAUUAGACAUCCCAAUCAUUAAGGGUAAAACUAAAUAUGGUUUGAGGAGAGAUAAAUUUGUACAUGUUCCCAAGAACAGGAGUAAAAGCUAUGUUGACAAGGGUAUUUCAUUAACAAGGUAGGACUUGUUAAUGUAGAGGAAGUUAAACAUACCUGAAACUCUGAAACAAAUUCAGAGUCAAAAUAAGAGUAAAGAAAGAAAUGUCAUUUUUUUUCAGGAUACCAGAAAAUAAGCAAAGAAGUACACAAAAUUCUUCCAAACAAAUGAUCAGGGGCUGGGGAUGUGGCUCAAGCAGUAGCGCGCUCGCCUGGCAUGCGUGCGGCCCGGGUUCGAUCCUCAGCACCACAUACAAACAAAGAUGUUGUGUCCGCCGAGAACUAAAAUAAAUAAAUAAAUAAAUAUUUAAAAAAAAAAAAAAAAAAAAAAAAAAAAAAAAAAAAAAAAAAAAA